GCACUACAGGCUACGAGGCGGCCUAUUAGGUAUACCAGCGGCUUCAGAACCACGCGAGCCUGAAAAACAAAUGGGCGAUUUUCCUGAAACGACUGCGUUCGAGAGAUGUGCCGUGAAAACGAGCGAAGACUCUAACUCUAAGGACUACAACUGUUAGCAGAAGAAACCGAACCCGACAUGACCAGCCGCCCUGGUGGGAGAGGCAGAGGAAGAGGAGGAGGGGCUCGCCCACCUCCUGGCCACUGUACUCGGUAUAAAUUCAAGGGGAAAUGUGAAAAGCGUUCCAACGGAGAACUGUGCCCUUACCGUCACGAUCUCGUGGCCAGGAAAACCUAUGAGCAGUGUUUGGAGAUCCCAUAAGGCCUAUCAGUUGGAAAUGUUGUAGGGAGAGGAGGUAGCAAUGUAAAGAAACUCUAUGCUAUCACAAAGUCAUGCUACAUUGAAGUUGAAAAGAAAAAGGUUUUGAUCAAUACAAAUGAACAGGGAAAGCUACCACAACUAAUAGAGAAAAUGCAGCAGAUUUUAUCCCAAGAGAGUUAUUAUGCAACAUCUCAAUGUUUCAUUAAUCCGCGGCGGGGAGCUACCAGGUACAAUUCCUACCAUUUCAGAGAGUUAGAUGGUCCAAUGCUACCAGUUCCGUCGACCACCAUGUAUGAACUAUAUGGAAGUCCAGAACAGGAAGGUGAGAUCGCUGAUGUUGUGAGCCCUGCAGAUAAGCCACCUGCUGAUCCACACACUUCACAGAAAAAGAAGAAAGCCAGAGCUACUGCAUCCAAGGGGGCUGAGCCAAUGGCAAAACCUCUGCUGCAUCUCAAUACUAAGGAGGAUGUCAGAGAUUGCUUAACCAGAAGUUUGCAGAUGCUGGUUGACGAAAAGGGCGAAAGAAAAUUUGUCAUUCAACUUUCUGCAAGGCUUGGAAAAGUUAUGUGGAGCCGGUUCAAAGGCAGUGUAUACAGAAAGGACUACAGUUUGGAAGGUUUAGUUCAGCUUCUCUCUAGCAAGAGUAGCAUGGGCAAGAAGAACUUCAACCCCAUUGUGGAGUCUGCUGGUGUUCGUCACUUGAGGUCUUCAUUUAGUGAGGCCUGGAGGGAGGAACCAGGCUUGAUAUACGUUUGGUCUUGCAGAGAAGCGUAA